GGGCUACUAGGAUCAGCAAUACUCAACCUUUAUGGAAGAAAAAGCCAUCAUGACCCUACUGGUGAAUUACUGGACAACUUUGGUUGCUGUGUCACUGACAGCAUCUACAAGCAACGCUUUAAGAAGAAUUGCACUGAAGAAGAUGCCAAGCAUCAGAGAGACUCUGCAGGAGAUGGGAGUGUCUGUAGAGCAUGUGUUAACCGAGUUGGCUCAGAUGAAACCAGCUGACAACAAUGGGACUGCUCCUACUCCUCUAACCAACUAUUUGGAUACUCAGUACUUUGGAGAAAUCAGCAUUGGCUCUCCAGCCCAGAUGUUCAAUGUGGUGUUUGACACUGGUUCAGCUAACCUGUGGGUGCCCUCCCAAAGCUGCUCACCCUUUUCCACUGCCUGUUUUACUCACAACAGGUACGAUGCAUCCCAUUCUCGCACUUAUGUUGAGAAUGGCACAGGAUUUUCCAUCCAGUAUGCCUCUGGAAAUGUCAGGGGGUUUCUUAGUGAGGAUGUGGUUGUGGUUGGUGGGAUUCCUGUGGUGCAAGUAUUUGCAGAAGCCACCUCUCUGUCUGCCAUGCCUUUCAUCUUUGCCAAAUUUGAUGGAGUUCUUGGGAUGGGUUACCCUGACGUGGCCAUUGAUGGGAUCACUCCGGUGUUUGACCGCAUCAUGUCUCAGCAUGUCCUCAAAGAAGAAGUGUUUUCUGUCUAUUACAGCAGGGAUCCAAAACAUUCUCCUGGUGGAGAGCUUGUUCUUGGAGGAACUGACCCAAACUACUACACUGGGAGCUUCAAUUAUGUCAAAACAAAAGACACAGGAAAGUGGGAGGUUUUAAUGAAAGGGGUUUCUGUGGGGACACGUACAAUGUUUUGUGCAGAGGGCUGCACAGCUGUGAUCGACACAGGUUCUUCCUACAUCACAGGGCCGGCUUCUUCUGUGUCCGUGCUGAUGGAAACCAUCGGGGCAGAUUUGGAUGAAAGUGGAUACAAAGUCAACUGUGACACAGUGAAGUUGUUGCCCAGUGUUACUUUCCACCUGGGGGGCCAGCAGUACUCACUUACACAUGAGGAUUACAUCUUAUGGCAAUCUCAGAUUGAAGGGGAGGUCUGCACAGUCACUUUCAGGGGUCUGGAUGUGCCCCCGCCCACAGGGCCCCUCUGGAUUCUUGGAGCCAAUUUCAUUGCCCGAUACUACACAGAGUUUGAUCGCCGGCACAACAGGAUAGGAUUUGCUGCAGCGGUCUGACAGGAAGUGAAAAAUUUCAAGUGCUUUUCUGUGAUCCUACUUUACAACUUUUGAUUUUAUUUCUGAAUUAUGUCUUGCUGUUCUCAGCUCACUCUUCUCUUUUGUUGAGUAUUUAUGUCAAAUCAAACUUCAUUAUAUAGCACUUUUCCUAUAAAAACACAACACAAAGUGCUUUACGUUAAUGCAAAACAAAACAAUGUAAAAACAAACACAAAAAUUAAAAUAGAACCCCCCUCCCCAGGCCUACACACAACCCCUCAACCCUUUCUCACCUCCCACCCCCUAACUGAUGUGGAUAGACAAUGGGAAAUAUGCUGAGCAUGAAAACAAAAUGUUGGUUGUCUAUAACUGCAUAGCCAGCCAAAUGUAGAAUCACAUGCAACUAAUGCUGAAAUGAGCAGGUUUUUAUAAACAAUUGUGACAAAGAGGACUGCAUAUUAUUUCUUUAACAUUUCUUUCCUAUUAUUUUGCACCAAAAUAUAUGCCAAGUAUGUUUUAUAUUUUUACACCUCAAUUUGAAAAUACUUUUUUUGGUUAGGAUCUGCUUUGCAUGACAACAACAUAGAAUUUGUAAUCUAUUUAUGUAAUGACGUAAUACGAAAGAAUAAAGCCAUUGAGUUUCAUUUCA